AUGCGUGUGAGACGGGCGACGACAAUGACGGCGGCGUCAUCCGUGAUGCAUCGCCAGCAGUGCCGUUGGGACCUCUCGACACCAUCCGUGCCGCGACAACAACAGCGUCCAUUCCGCCGCACAAAACGGACAAAUUAUGCGGAUCGAGAGCAUGUGUUGUUCCCGGAUAUGUGCACUUCCUUUGGGGGUGGUGCGACUGUGGAAGGAAAUCGCAGUCUCAACCCCACCACCACCGCCACCACCCUUUCUUCCUUGUUCCUUUCAACAGCAACCCCAACGGAGGCGGUGUCGACACAAACAACUUCCAUCUAUACAAAGCGGGUGUCACUCUCGCAUGGCGAUCGGGUGGAGUUGCAAAAGUCGGCUCUGGCGCUCAACGCUUUGGCAACGCCCAUUGUGGGUCGAUUGCUGUACUACGGGCUCACGGCAAUGGCGUAUAUACGAUACAGCGUUGGACAUGUAUCCUUCUACACACGAAAAAGCGUAGCACCUCCGCUUUCUACUUCGUCUUCUGCAACGACGGAGACGUCAUCCUUAUCGUCUAAUUGCUCAGUAUCUUCAACUUCCAUACAACAUCUCAUUGAAAUGGGGGCGUAUGAACAAGCGGCAGCAGCAUUUGCAACUGAGAGGGGCGAUAUCAGUUCUUCUCAUUGCGGUGUAAAUGCACCUCUUUUCCGCGGUAUCCUGCACGGAAAGGCGCUGGAUUGUCUUUACGUGGGCCUAAGUUCCAUUCAUAGUCGUGGUCUCAUGACAUCGCGUGACAUCCCGCGUGGCACCCGCAUCGUCACGGAGCCACAGCGCAGUUACAUGGACGCCGCAAACUUUCUCCCACUAUUGGCGGACACGCAUCUAAGACUUCCUGACACUUGGCACUACACACACCCAUCCGGGGUGUUGUUGGAACUCGUGACACAGCCGUUGCCACACCACAUCAUGAAUCAUAGCUGCGAUCCGAACGUCUGUAGCGGCCUCUCCCGUCAGUUUUGGCCAGCGGCAAUUGCCUCCCAUAAUGCCGAGCUUCUCAACCGCAUCCAGAGCUUCCCGCACUUUGAUGACCCGAACAGUUUUUUCACCACCCGCGAUGUGCCGGCCGGAGGUGAGUUGACGUUGAGUUACGCCCACCGCGUCGCCCCGCUAUUUUCGGGUGAGGACCCACUGCAGAAGUUUUUUGUGAUGUGCCGCUGUGGUUCGCCCAUGUGCCGCCACUUUUUGUACCGUCCAACCGAUGAUGUCAUGCGUUAUGUCAGUCAGCUAUCUCGUUCCUGGAGUGGAGGCAAAAAAAGAAGGAAAAGCAUUCAUGACGAAGCCGAUGACAUCUCGCGGCUGCUUCAGUUGGGAUUUGAUGAUGAGACGGUCCUCCUGUCACUCCUGCCGUCGCGGACACAACUUAUGGCGUACAUGCGGACACAUUUGGCAUCGUCCCGCCGCACCGCGUCAAAGGGCCAGCUGCUGGCGUGCUACAGACAUGUUUUCAAACUCCUCAACGAGGCCGCACCGAAGGAGCAGAACCCAUAUGAGGAUGUUUCUUGCAGAGAGAGAAAAUGA